UACCCAGCAACCAACAAGACAAUACACGGGCUGACGGAUGAUCCGUAGCUCCAUCCCCCGUUACAAGACCCAGCUGGGUGUGGUCUCACGGUACUCGAACAGCCACGACUCAACCUUGUGAAAUCUGUCCGACUUUGAUCCCACUUCUAACAACAAUAGACCAUAAAAUACUCAACAUGCUAUAAGGCGACUGCAGUGACGCGCAUUAUCAUUCGGACUGGUCUUUGAGCAACAGGCUGCCUGUACGUCGUCCUGUUCCACGUGUUCCUGAAACCGACUCUCCAGCAUGAACACCGUACUGUGUCUGUUUGCCCUCGUCGCUUCCUGUUGUGGCAAUGCAUCACGCGACCUCGCAAAGCUCCAUACGGAGUUCUUUGCCUGGCAGAUGGCGGAUAGCCCAAUGAGCGCCACCUACCGGGAUAUACACAAGUACAACGAUAAGAUACAAUCCUACAAUAUAUCUAUGUUCGACAUACGAAAGGAUCAGAUGGUGUCCUUCCACAACCGACUGGAGGCCAUCCCGCAGACAGACCUGAGUAAGUCGGACCUGGUCAACUACAAGAUCCUGGACGACAUGCUGACCACCUACAUCCGGGGCUGGGAGUGGAGACAUUUUCAGAGCCUCAGUCCUGUCAAUUUUCUGGAAGGUCCACAGUCAUACAUAGAGUCCAUGGUCCAGUCUCUGCCCUUCUUCACUCUCGGAGACUUUGAGAAUUACAUUGUCAGACUCCAGAAGUUUCCUCAGCAGUAUGAAGAGUUCAAAGAGUUGAUGCUUGAGGCGGUUCGAUUGAACAGGACUUAUCACUUGCAUUCACUGAGUCGUGUUGAGGGUCAGUUCGACAAGUUACAGAUGGUGGCCAAUGAGUCACAGUUCUUCUGGCCAUUCACAGACACUCUGGAAAAUAACACAGACAUCUCACUGCAGAAGAAAAACGAUCUCCGAGACCGAGGAGUGGACGCAGUAUCUGGAUUACUACAGGCUCUCGCGGAUCUGUGGUUGUUUAUCGAAGAGGAGUAUAUGCCCAACACCCGCCCCGAUAUCGGCAUCAGCUCUCUGGAUGGAGGACGGGAGUUCUAUGAGGCUUGCAUCAGGUGGUAUCUCUCCGUCGACAUGACGGCACAAGAGGUCCACGACAUCGGCCUCCGGGAGGUGGACAGGAUCGUCGGCAACAUGCAGAAGAUCAUGACGAAGCAAGAGUUCGGUGGGAGUGUCCGCGAGUACUUUCAGACCAUCAUGAAUAACACAGAUUUCUUCUUCGACACUGCGGAGGACAUCUUAGCAGAAUUUCGUCAUCAGAUAUUUGAUGUCAUAGAACCUACACUUGAAGACUUCUUCGUCAACCUGCCCGGUCUUCCUCUAGAGGUGCGGGAGAUGCCCAACGACGGCCCUGGUGGCUCCUACUCCACCGGAUCUGCCGACGGCUCCAGACCAGGGAUAUUCUGGGCAAAUGUGUUGCGGCCCCAUGAAUCCCCCACCCUGACCAUGAUGGCGCUGUCCAUCCACGAGGCCAACCCCGGACAUCACCUGCAGCUUAGCUACGCCAUUACAUCCGACACCCCCGACUUCCGGCAAAAGAUGCUGUCGUCUGCUCUGUUCAAUGUUCCUUUUGGCUUCCCUAGAUACACAUCAUUUGUCGAGGGCUGGGCGCUGUACACUGAGUACCUGGGCGAAGAGAUGAAGCUGUACAGAGAUGAUUAUGAACUCAUGGGGCGCUACAGUUCGGAGAUCUUCCGGGCAUGUCGACUGGUGGUGGACACAGGCAUCCAUGCUUUCAACUGGACACGCGAAGAGGCCAUUGACUACAUGCUCAACUACACGGCGGAGUCCUAUGACAACACUGCAGUGGAGAUUGACCGCUACAUCACGUGGCCUGGUCAAGCUCUGGCCUACAAGAUCGGGGAGAUCAAGAUCCUGGAGCUGCGACGGAAGGCAGAGGAGACGCUAGGCUCCAAGUUUGACAUACGUGAGUUUCACUCUGUCGUGCUCGAGAGCGGAACUGUGCCCCUGAACGUGCUGGAGGACCUGGUCACUGAUUGGCUGGACACGUACCCCGUGACUACCCCCAGACCGGUCACCCCAACAUGUGGAGCUGCCAACAAUGUACCUAUGUACAUAUCAAGUCUUGUGUCACUCUACCUUUCUGUCUACAUGUACAUUUAGACAGGGUUAAGUUUCGAUAUAAAAUCAGUAAUUGUCCAUCUUGCACAUUAAUACUCUUGUACACUUUUUAAAAUAAUGUUAAGUAUUUGUGUGGCUGAUGAAUAUAUAAACUUCAACUUAGGAAAUGUUAAGUUCACAAUCGUACUGUUUUAGCUGCGUUUUGGGUGCUAACAUAGCCAAUUUUUUAAAAAUAGUGUUCUGUGGGUGUGGCCUCUUUUUCAGAUGUUGUCCAAAUAUAUCCUGAAGGCACAUGUGUCUUUCACCAUGAUCGUGUGUUUGUUUGUGUCGAAUGGGGAUGAAAACAGGAAGCAAAUGCUCAAAGAUGAAGGAUUGUGUUAAGUAAAUGUAACCAUUGUGUUCUGUGAAACUGUUGUACAUCAUAACACGCUGCACGUGAACUAUAACUCAUUGUUUCAGAUGUGUGAAUAGAUGAAUAAUUAAACUGUUUGCGAUAUAGCCGGGAGUGCUACA